AUAAAGCAUAGUAGAAACUACUUAUAUUUCUCCAACAGCAAACAUAGAAUUGUGAUGAAUUUGUCCAACAAGGGUCUAGAUGCUUCAAAGAUUUAAAGUUAUUUUUGGUUAAAAGAUCAAUCACUCUGCAAUUUUAGAUUACAACUUUCAGCAACACCAUGAAUGCACAAUUGUGGAUGAAAAGGGAAGUUCUUUGUAGCUCAAUGUGUCAGAUAAAGAGAGCUGUAUAUAGAAGCAGGUCCCAACCAGGAAGACACCAUUUGCUGCUGCAGUCAUUGCCUGAACGCCUCAAGUCAAAACGGCCUAUAUCUUUUAUUUGGGUCUAGGCCCUUGGAGGGUUUCGAAAAUCAAUAUCCUCCAGUACAAUUAACCCCUAGUUGGGCUAAGCAAGAACUUCAGUCUCUCUACUCGACCCAUUACAUUCCAUCUCUACCCAAAGCCAUUUUGAGGCAGUGUUGCUCUAAAAGAUAUCCGGAUAAGAAAAAAGUGAGGCAGUGUGCCGAGGCAAAAACAAUGGCUUCAAUGCCAGUAAUAACAUCACCUCAAUGCCUUCCUACAAAAUCCAUAAGAGCCCACAUCCCUUCAGCUUCCCUCACUCUCUUAACAGGUUCAAGGAGAAGAAUUUCCGUCUCUUCCAAUGCGGCAAACAAGUCUUCCCUUCUUCACUGCUCCUUUCUCCCUUCAUCAUCUUCUCUCUCUUUCCCUUCUUCCUUUUCAGGGUUAUCUUUGGGGACUGAUUUUGGUUCAAAUAAUGGGGUGAAGAAUGAGAGAAGGAGAUGCCUGGUGGUUAGGGCAGGAAAGGCUGCACUUUGUCAAACAAAGAGGAAUAGGUCUCGGAAAUCAUUGGCUCGAACUCAUGGGUUCCGUAGAAGAAUGAGAACCACUAGUGGGAGAGCUCUAUUGAAACGUAGACGUGCUAAGGGCCGGAAGGUCCUCUGCACCAAAUCAAAUCCAAACAGUGGGAAACGCUAAACUCUCUUUUUUGUUUCAGUGAUUUUAUGAUGUUUAAAGGAUAAUUUAGGCAAACACUUAGUCAUGCCUGUUUUGUUGGUUCAGUUGUGCAAUAUUCAUUGAUUGAAACCCUCAUUUUAAUGGUUAUUAUUCGAUUAA